AUGGAUGGGCCAUUCAUCAACAGCCUCCCCAAUGAAUUGCUCACUUGGAUCUUCGAGAUCACACCCCCCGAUGCCGAUCGUAGCCGACCGGGCUACACGGCCUGGCAUCGAAGAUUGGAGUAUUAUCCAUGGCUACGGUUCAUGCUAGUCUGUCGGCGAUGGCGAAUCGUUGGCGAGAGACUUCUCUAUCGCAAGCUGUCGCUCAGUAUUCUUGACGAACCGUCGGCAAGGAUGGCCUUCGUGACAGAAAGGCCUCACAUCUGCAGAUUCGUCAGGGAUUUUCGUCUUACUGUUUCAAGCAAACCCGUGGAGAAGGAUACCCUAGACUUGCUGCAAAAGUUCAACUCUGUGCGCAGAUUGAGCUUGACUGGUCGCCCUUUUAAGAUAGGCCGGCCGAUUCUUGAACUUAUUCGAACAAUGCGCCUGACUGAGGUGUCGCUGAGCGACCUGCCGUCCUUGAACAUGAUAUUUGAGUUUUUCGAUAUGUCCACACUGACACAUUUGUCGGUUUCUUCGUUGGACUGGAGCAAACCAAUCAACCCCAGGGCGUCUGGCGAUGAGAAACAGGGACCAAAGUUGGGAGAUGAGAGUGUACCGAACUCUUCAACUUCCUCAAACCCGCCAACCACCACCCUCCCCGAGAAUGCUGAUGAUACGGCGUUGACCACGGCCUUGGAUGAACUUCUUCCACUCAGUCGACAGAAGACAUCCGAGAUUAAAUCUAUCCAUUUUUCACGUCCUUCGACUGGUGUCACCGUGGCACGGCAACUGUUCCUAUGGCCUGCCGCACUCGAAGAGGUGAAAAUUAGCUUAUUAACCCCGUCGAAUACAUACGAAGAGUACACAGGUGAGGGCGUACAGCGUCUUCUCCUGCCGCAAUGCCACUCCCUCAAAAAGAUUGAUAUCGGCGUCAUGACACAAGGAAGCGACGGUAUUCCAAAUUUGAAAUCUUUCUCCUGCCUCGAGGAAUUGACAAUCUCUGCAUACAACCUGUUUCAUGAUUCUCCUGAGCGUGCGCAUGAGAAGCUCUCGAUACCUUCGCUAAGACGUUUAGUGAUCAGUUUCUCCACAGAGGAACUGUGGUCUGAGUCGUUGAAUGAUUUCGGGGAGAACGAAUUACUUUGGAUGGAGGAAUUCAUCGAGCUCGUGAGAAACGCACCGGAAACAUCUAAACUGAGGAAUAUCUAUAUUCGCUUCAGACCUCAGCCGACAUAUCCGCCUCGCGACGACGUUGAUGAAUGGCCCUGGGAUAUGUUUGAGGAGUUGGCUGAGCUUAGUGAGGAAUAUGGUAUAACCCUAGGAUAUGACCCGGCCGAAUUCACCAAACGACAAUUUUCGGAGAAAUACCAAUCACCUUCGGAUAGUGAAUGA